UGGUCGGAUCGGGGUCACCCCCGGAAGUGGUUGUUGAUUGACAGUCCCGCGGCGCUGACCCGGAAGUGGAGCCGGGGUUUGUUGACAGCCGCGAGCGAGUUUCAUUUUCGGGGAAAAAAUUAAUUUUGAAAGAAUCGGAUCAGCGGCGGGACCCGGAGCAUCAGAUCUCUCCCAAUAUCCAUGUAGCUCCAGGCUGUGUGUAACUGCUGAGCCAGCUGUGAAGGAAGCAAGGUGGGGUCUGCCAGACAUGGCGUUGUACAGCCCCGAAUCACUGGUGACUCUGUGCACAAAGUACUGUCUGCACAACCUGGAAGGAACCCUGUGCUACAUGCAAGACAAUGAGACCCUGAGACUCCAUCCUGACGUCUUCCUGCCCAGUGAGAUCUGUGACCGCCUCGUCAACAUGUAUAUGGACUUGGUAAAUACAGACUAUAGCUUCCAGCCACACGAAAGCUUCUUCAGCUUGUUCUCGGAUCAUCGGAGCACCCGACUAACUCACGUACACCUGAGGGGCAUUCAGGAGGAUAUCGUACAGGAUCAGGACUUGGUGGCCUUUUCUAAGCAGGAUCUGGUUGAGCUCCGCCUGGUUAACUGUGAGAAGCUGUCAGCCAAGAGUCUGCAGACUCUAAAUAACUUUCGUAGCACAUUGGUUUCCCUCAGCCUGUUUGGCUGCAAGAACAUUUUUUACGAGGAGGAGAACCCUGGUGGCUGCGAGGGAGAUAAUGAAAGCCUGGUGAACCCCACACGGCAGGUCCUGGUCAGAGAUUUCACCUUCGCUGGCUUCCACAGGCUCUGCUUCCUCAACCUGGGUCACCUGCCAGACGGAGUGGAUGUGGACCGACUCCUGCGGCCGCUGACCUCCCUCACCUCGCUCGACCUCUCUGGCGUUCAGCUCAAUGACAUCCAGUUUCUGCUUCAGUGGCAGAAGCGGCUUGGAUCACUGGUUCUGUACAACAUGGACCUCUCUGAGGAGCAUAUCUGGGUCCUUUUGCAACUCACUAACCUCAGACAUUUGGACAUUUCUCGUGACAGAACUUCGAGUUUUUACAAGUUCAAGCUUGCCCGGAACGUCCUUACUGCCUUUGCACAGAACCUUAAAAACCUUGUCUCAUUGGACAUCUCAGGGCACCUGAUGCUGGAUAACUCUGCAAUCUCAUGCCAUGAUGAGGCUCUGGGUCCUGCAAGCAACAAACCACAGAAGAGUAGCAUUGAACCAUUCCGUGCACUGAGGAGAUCCUUUCAGUUUUUGGGACUGUUUGACACCACACUUUGUAACCUAACUCAUAUUCCUGCCCACAAGAUAACUGGUGAAGCAAAUGAGGAUCAAAUCCUGAAUGCCAUAGAAGCUUACACUGAAUACCGGCCAGAGAUUGCAUCACGUGCAAUAAACCAUCUCUUUGAUAUCGCACGGAUUGAACAGUGUGACCAACCAUUGCGAGCUCUACAGCUGGUGAUCUCUGCAUUGAAGUAUCACAAAUUUGAUAAAAGUGUUCAGGUGACAGGGAGUGCAGCUCUCUUCUAUCUGACUGGCUCGGAUUACCGGCACGAACAGAGCAUCAAGCUCCGCCGCCAGGUCAUUCAGGUGGUGUUGAAUGGUAUGGAGUCCUAUCAGGAGGUGACGGUACAACGGAAUUGCUGCUUGACACUCUGCAACUUUAGUAUUCCAGAGGAGUUGGAGUUCCAGUACAGGCGGGUCAAUGAGCUGCUUCUCAGUAUCCUCAACCAGACUCGACAGGACGAGUCCAUUCAACGUAUAGCAGUGCAUCUUUGCAAUGCAUUGGUCUGCCAAGUUGACAAUGAUCACAAGGAAGCAGUGGGGAAGAUGGGCUUUGUCACGACAAUGUUGAAGUUGAUUCAGAAAAAAUUGACGGACAAAGUGUGUGACCAGGUUAUGGAGUUUUCAUGGAGUGCACUAUGGAAUAUUACCGACGAAACUCCUGAUAACUGUGAGAUGUUUCUGAACUGCAAUGGAAUGAAGCUGUUUCUGGAAUGUUUGAAUGAGUUCCAAGGAAAACAAGAAUUACACAGGAACAUGUUGGGACUGCUGGGAAACGUUGCUGAGGUCAAACAUCUUCGACCGCAUCUGAUGACUACACAGUUCAUCAGUGUCUUCAGCCGUCUCUUAGAAAGUAAUGCAGAUGGGAUUGAGGUGUCAUAUAAUGCGUGUGGAGUUCUGUCUCACAUCAUAUUUGAUGGAGAUAAGGCCUGGACCAUCACAGAACCACAGCGCGUGGAAGUAAUGGAUCGAAUGUGGCGAGCAAUCUCCAGCUGGGAUGAGAAUUCAAGAAGAAACAUUAACUACAGGUCUUUUGAGCCAAUUCUACGCCUUCUCCCUCAGCAAGUGGCUCCAGUCAGCCAGCAUUGGGCAACAUGGGCUCUGUUUAACCUUACGUCUGUUUAUCCUGAGAAAUACUGUCCAUUGCUGAUCAAAGAGAAUGGAAUUGAACUGCUGAAGGGAGUGAUUGAGAGUGAUGCAGCUAGACCAGAGACCAAAGCGAUGGCAAGCGAGGUCAUCUGUUUCUGCGAGAUUUUUAAAGGGGAGCGGAUGGACACAUCCAGAUAAAGGCUGAGGACAAGUUGUCACUUACCCUAACUGCUUCCUGUCAUGCGUGGCAUCUGUGUAAAUACUGAGGAAUCUGCUGUUCAGCUAGACAACAAUGCAUCCGAUGCAUUGUAGGGAGGAGCCUCUGUGCAUGACACACUGUUUCAGAUGACAUGCAGGGGAAACAUUCGGUGUUGCACAAGAAAAUGUUAAUUCACAUCAUUUUUAUUGAAUGAGACAUUAGCGUUUUCUCUCCUCUUUUUUCUUCUUUUUACUCCUCUGUCCCUCAUCCUCCAUUGUACUUUUCCUCCCUCCAUACUUUCUCAAAUCUCUUUCUCCUUCUUUCACUUUCCCUACCUCACACUAUGUGGUGUUCUCACCACCUGUUAUUGUUCCAAUUUUUUUUUCUCUCUCUAUACUAUUUACAACCUCCUUCCCAUCUUCUUAUCUCUCUCUGUAAAUUGUGCUUCCAUGGUUUGUCUUGAAUCUUUUUCAUUGUGAAACCUCUUGGGCUGUGCCAGUUACUCAAAUGUCAACGGUUAUAAACUUCUAGGGAAGAAACCAAACAGAAUAAUUAAUAAAUGAUUUGUUGUUGA